GUGAUUGGACACAUUGUAAUUACGUUGAGUGUCCAGAAGACAAGUUUUCUGGGUCAAGAAUCAGAGCUGUACCUGUGGCUCCAGACAGUGAGGACGUGGCUAUAAAGCUUCGGAACUCGGGUCUGAUUGAAAGAUUCCCCGCAAGAGACUCGCCAGGGCUGCAACCAGUGUUUCAACAGGAUGCUGAGUCCAGGAGCUGAUGAGCAACAGGAACAACAGCAUGGUGAGAAUGCAGUGGUCCUGAAGGCUGGAGAGGAAGAAGGCAAGAAAGGGCUUGUACAGAGCGAGCUUGCUCAGGGUGAGCUUGAUCAGGGCAAACUUGCUCCAAGCAAGCCUGCUCAAGAAGAGCUUGCUCAGUCCAAUCUUGCUCAGGAAGCCACAGGAGUGGUAGAGGAGGGAGAAAACAAAGAAGAAGAAAUGGAAGGAGCACAUGCUGGCGAUGGUAGUUGUGGCCCCAUGGACAAGGGGAUCCAGGCAGAAGGUGGCCAUGGCAGCAGUGUUCAACAGCAGCCUCAGCAAGAGGCGGCAAUGCCUGAGGGCACCAAGAGUCUCCAGGCUGGGGAUUUCCAGAGCCACACCAGAUUCACCCAGUCUCAGCUGCAGGACCUGGAGCGUCUUUUCGAAGAGAAUCACUUCCCCAGCUUUCAAGUAAGGAAGGCUCUUGCAAGAUCUAUGGGUGUGACGGAAGAAGAUGUGCAGGAAUGGUUUAGGACCAGGAGAGCCAUUUUCAGGAGAAGCAAUAGAAUGGUGGUGCUGAUUGAUGCACCACCUGGUCCCCAGAACAACGAUCCCUGAAGAUUUUGGAGCAGCGCAUGAGUGCCACCUCUGUUAUGAGCCAGAUGACCUGGAACCUGGCCCUGCCCCCAGUGUCUCGGCCACCCAUGCUGGCCAUGACAUCCUUUUCUUCCCUGCAAUUAUCUCAGCAAUAAAGAGGUGGAUUCUCAGUA